AAAAGGUUGUUAGAUAUCUACAAGCACUUAAUACACUUGGGUUUUCUUAUUAAAGUAGAGGAAUUAGAAACCCAAAGGAAGAAGAAAGAGUAAAGAGGCGAUGAAAGAAAGCUGCAGAAAGAGGUCAACGACGUGUAUGGCAAACCAAAAUGACAUCUGUUUUACUGCUCUUCUUCAUUCAAAGACACGUUCUUCUUCUUCUUCUUCUUCAGUGUUUUUAUUCACUACUACAACAAUUAGUACUAUGUUUUUAUUAUUCUCAUUUGUUCAUGUUUCCUGUUGCUGCUCCAAUUUCAAAGACACCAACAUUAACAUCAACACUAUGGUAUCACCUUUCUCUUCUCUCAUAUUUGCUCCUGCUCCUACUUUCUUACACCUCCACAAAUUUGCCUGUCUCAUUCCAAGACUUUUUGUUAAAAAGUAUAAAUCCGAAGUUUGCAGCACGCAAUCUAGAAGCGCCUGUAGCAAUUUCUCCAUGCACGAUGCAUUUCAUAUGCUUGAUGCUGAUUUCUUGAGUGACAAGAAGAUGGUUGAUAUUGUAAAGGAGGCUUCAGAAUUUACCCUCCCUAUUACUAAAGCUGAUCGCAAACUAGUCGCUACUUCUAAUGGAGGACUGAAAUAUCCAUCUGUUUUAGUUUUUAACCCUGAUUGGGGUGCUAAACAAGCAGAACCUGCAAAAAAAACAUUUUCCUACCCUUCUUUCUCUGACAUUCAGAGGCCUUCCAAUGAGGAGGAUAUUGCCUUUAUGAAUAUUCUUGAAUUGGGACAGCUCCUUAAGGCAAAAAAGAUUUCAUCUGUUGAGCUUACUGAAAUUUUUCUCAAGAGAUUGAAAAGGUAUAAUCAUGUUCUCCAAUCCGUGGUGACUGUAACAGAAGAACUAGCAUACAAGCAAGCAAAAGAAGCUGAUAGGCUGCUUUCUGAGGGUGUAUAUUUAGGUCCUCUUCAUGGUAUUCCUUAUGGGUUGAAAGAUAUAAUUGCAGUUCCCCAGUAUAAAACAACUUGGGGUUCCCGAAGUUUCAAAGAUCAAGUGCUUGAUUUUGAAGCUUGGGUUUAUAAAAGGUUAAAGUCUACUGGUGCAGUUCUUGUUGCAAAGCUUGUGACUGGUUCGCUGGCCUAUGAUGACAUAUGGUUUGGAGGCAGGACAAGAAACCCAUGGAACAUAGAGGAGUUUUCAACUGGUUCUUCUGCUGGGCCGGCUGCUUGCACAUCCGCAGGCAUGGUGCCUUUUGCCAUUGGAUCAGAAACUGUAGGCUCAAUGACUUACCCUGCUGCUCGUUGUGGUGUAUCUGCUUUACGGCCAACCUUUGGUACUGUUGGUCGAACAGGUGUGAUGAGUAUAUCAGAAAGUUUGGAUAAGCUUGGCCCUUUUUGCAGAAGUGCAGCAGAUUGUGCUGUCAUUCUGGAUAACAUUCGAGGCAAGGAUCCAGAUGACCUGUCUUCAAGGAAUAUGCCCUUUGGUGAUCCUUUUGAUGUUGAUCUCACAAAGCUCACUGUUGGAUAUCUUGAUGAUUCUGAGAAAGAGGUUGUUAAUGUACUUGCAUCAAAGGGUGUUAACAUGGUUCCUUUCCAACUAAAUUACACGGUUGACUCUGUCCAAGGAAUUUUGAAUUUCACAAUGGAUGUUGAUAUGCUAGCUCAUUUUGAUGAGUGGCAGCGCUCUGGGCUGGAUGAUGAGUAUGAAGCUCAGGAUCAAUGGCCAUCUGAGCUGCGACGUGCGCGAGUUGUUACUGCAGUAGAUUAUAUGCAGGCACAAAGAGCAAGAGGAAGAUUAAUUCAAGAAGUGAGAGAAAGUUUUACAGUUGAUGCAUUUAUUGGUAAUGCAACUGACUGGGAGAAAGUUUGCAUGGGAAACCUUGUUGGCAUGCCUGUGAUGGUUAUACCUGUUGGAUUCGAUCCAAUAGCUAACUCAACUUCAACUGACAUUCGAAGGAGAACUACUGUCACGACUGGCAUCUAUGCCCCUCCUCAGCAUGAUCACAUUGCUCUGGCACUGGCUAUCGCUUUUCAAUCAAGAACUGAUUAUCACAAACAGCGCCCCCCAAUUGAUGAUCUUGGUCCUAACGAUUCGAUUUCAAAUACACCAAGUACUACCUAUCCUCCACGGCAGUUGCGAGCAUAACAGCAUAGAGGAAUUUUUUUGUGCCAAAUAAAAGCUAUUUAUGGGCAAACUCAACUCCACUGAUCAAGAAUUGUACCUUUGGGGUUUUUAUGUGGCUUCAGCAUAGAGGAUUUUAAGGUUUCAAUUAAAAAAAAAAAAAAAAAAAAAACCAGCUCAUUUUGUCAUCAUCAAGAUAUCUACUCUUCUGUGAAGCAGUUCAGCAAAAUGUUCAGAAACUCAGAACUGCAUUUGUGCUUCCUACAUUUGUAUGCAAUGCUGUUUUUAAAGACUAGUCCUAAAUAUAUUUGGUAAAGUUUAAUA